AUGAAAAUGUCUUCAUUUGAUUUUGUCAUUAUUGGAGGCGGUACAUCUGGACUUGUUCUAGCUAACCGCCUCUCCGAAGAUCCAGGUCAGCAUGUCCUCGUUCUGGAAGCUGGUUCCGAUCAUUAUGAUGAUCCACGAGUCAACACUCCCGCUCUUUUCCUUACUCUCCUGAAGUCAGAGGCAGAUUGGGCGUUUGAAACGACACCUCAGACAGCUGAUUGGUGCUUAAGACGAAUCUCAAGGGCAGAUCUAUUAGUCUGCAGCAAGGACGGGCGCUAUGAGGAUCCAGUAUUUGUGCCUCCUUCUAAAAGUCUCAUAGACUCAUGGGGCUCCUUAGGCAAUGAAGGAUGGAACUGGAAUGUCCUUGGACGAUAUUUCGCUAAGGUGUACAGCUCAGCCCAACCUUCAUUCGCUGGUGGCUCACCUCACCCUAUCCGAAGAGCAUGGGCUGAAGCAUUCGAAGCUAACGGCUAUCUUAUGACCUCGAAUCCUCUUCUCAAUCCCACAGUUGGAAGUUUCGAUCUUCUUUCAAGUAUCCAUCCGGAGAAGAAGGAGAGAAGCUAUGCCGUUUCAGCAUAUUACCAUCCUAUUAAACAUCGGGAGAACUUGAAGGUCCUCACCGAUGCUGUAGUCGAGAAAAUCCUAUUUGAUGACUCUCGGCCCCCAAAGGUCAUACUGGCAGCAGGUGUUUUCCAGUCUCCCAAGUUACUGGAGCUAUCUGGAAUUGGCGAUGCGAAGCUUCUCCAGAGGCAAGGAAUCCAAGUUAUCCAGGAUCUACCACAAGUUGGCGAAAACCUCCAUGACCAUCUCGUCUGUUACAUAAGUUACGAGACUCUUGAUGAUAUUUCUACGCUGGACUCUCUAAUCAGGCAAGAGCCAGAGGCCAUACAGCAGGCUAUGGAGGAGUACGCAACUAAGAAGUCGGGUAUGCUGAGUUCUGUUGGAGUCUACAUUUGCGUAUUCUUACCUUUAGUCAACUAUCUGUCCGGUGAUAGUCACGAUCAACUCAAGGAGAUGCUCCGCCAGAACCGGCCGACUGCGGACGACCAACGAGCGAAAAUUUAUCAUGAUGUCGCCGAAAAGGCAAUUCUUGACUCAAAGCAGCCGUCUGCUGCCCAUUUUACUGCAAUCGCACAGCAGAUUCUUCCAGUCGAUCCGAAUUCCAGCUCUCCAGCGGGUCCCGUUCCAGGUAACUUUAUUAGUUUCGGUGUGAUGCUUUCGCAUCCUCUCUCACGCGGGAGCGUCCACAUUAGCUCGAACAACGUUUCCGAACCUCCUAUAAUCGAUCCAAAAUAUCUCUCCAACUCCGUCGACAUCGAGGUCUAUGCGCGCCACCUCCAGUAUGCCGAGACGAUCGCUAGUUCACCGGCGUUCAAUAAGAUACUUAAGCAUCCAUUACGUCGACGCGAUCCUGCAUCAGAUCCCACUGAUUUAGAGCAAGCCAAGAACUACAUUCGUACCAGCGCCAUAUCGCAGUGGCACCCCGGCGGCACCUGUCCAAUGCUACCUCUCGAGAAAGGGGGCGUCGUUGAUACACACUUAAGGGUAUACGGGACUAGGAACUUGCGCGUUGUUGACGCGAGCUCCAUACCGCUAAUUAGCACAGCAAACUUGCAAGCUACCGUAUACGCUUUUGCGGAGAGGGCAGCAGAUUUAAUCAAAGAGGACCAUGGAUUGAGGUCAUAAGGUGGACGUUGAUGCGAUCUAAGUCACAAACCCCAUCGAUAGCAAGGAAGGAUAUAGGCAUUUCUCCAAAAGUAAUUGUUAGAAUGUGAAUGUACGCGUUUAUUUUUAAUGGCCAACCAUACAUGAGACACUGCCUAAAGAACGAUACCUACUUAACAGUCCCGCUUGACACUCAUUCCUGUUCCGUCCUUAGCUUCCAACCCACCAAUUUCAUCACAUAAUUGUUCAUAAUUAGUUCGAGAA